GUACCGAGUUUACGUGAAAAUUCCAAGCGUCUCAAUUACCUAGUUUCGUUGUAACGAUAUCCUGUCAAAAUAAUGGGAAAAUGGCGUUGAAAUUACCUUUACAAGCACCAGAAUUUUGUCAAAAUACACUGUUAAAGGAAUGGAACCGGCAGUGCAGAUCAGGAAAUCUACUUUCAGCUCUACAGAAACACUGGAAAACAUUUGCUUUAGUUGUCUUUGCCAAUAAUUAUGAGUCCAGCAAGGAAGAUAGACUGGCAGAGAAAUUUCUCUUGCGGCCUAUGGAACAUUUCUUGUGUAAUGGUGACCCUGAAACAAUCCUCAAGUCUUUAAAGGAAAAGGAUCAACCAUCUCAACUCUGUGGCAAAGUAUUUAAAAAUGGUGAACCAACCUACUCAUGCAGGGACUGUGCCAAUGAUAAUACAUGUGUAUUGUGUAUUGACUGUUUCCAAAAAAGUGCUCACAAGAAACAUAGAUAUAAGAUGAGUACAUCCGGAGGAGGAGGAUACUGUGAUUGUGGUGAUGUAGAGGCAUGGAAGAGUGAUCCUUACUGUGAAAUACAUGAUGCUAAAACAAAACCAAUGUCGGAUCAGAAUCCUAUUGAAGUUUUACCAGAAGAUUUGACUGACAGAGCUAGUGCAUUAUUCAUGGCAACUUUACAUUAUGUAGUGCAAAUGUUAACUUGGGAGCAGUGUGAUUGUCUGCCAUCAGAAAUACAACCUGAGGGAGAGUUAGAUGAUUCAUAUAUCACAAUGCUCUUUAAUGAUGAACUUCAUACAUAUGAACAGGUGAUUAACACUUUACAGAGAGCAGUAGAAUGUACUCAGGAAGAGGCUGUUGAGCAUGCUACCAUUGUUGACAGAGAAGGAAGAAGUAGUGUAAGAGAUGGUACAUUUUCCUUUUGUGAAAAGGCUCGUCAUAUCAUUGAGCACUCAACAUCUAGACAUGGAAGUAAGCCAUUGAAGGUACAGAUUAUGCAUACAAUAGUGGUAGCCCAUCAGAAGUUUGCUCUCAAGCUAGUGACAUGGCUUCAGGACAUCAUAGGAAAAUCAGAUGGAUUGAGAAGACUGUUUUGUACACUAAGCACUCAGCCUUAUGAGAAUGGAGAAUCCUUGAUAGAAAAACUGAUACUGUCAGAUACUCAAAUGUGGAAAAAUGCCAGGAUGUUGGUUCACCAGAUGAUGAUGUCAGGUGUACUAAUGGACCAGGAAUGCAAAAAACAGUUCUCUAUUAUCUUCACUAAGCAUUAUCCCAGCCUGAUUAAGGACUAUGCUACUGAUGAUCAUGAUUUUGAAGUCUCUGUGGCCUCGUUGUCAGUACAAAUAUUUACAGUUUGCAGCCUGGCUAAAAUGCUGGUUACUGACCAUGACUUGUUAGAUGUAAUUAUAACAACAUUUCUUGGAUUCUGUGAGGAAAAGAAAAACAAUGAUGGGAAGCUUUCCUUUGAGAGAAAUGAAAGAAGUACAUCCUUUAAAAGAGCUUGCUAUGUAUUGUAUGAUGUCAAAUAUGCUUUGAUAUGUAGACCAUCACCAGAUGAAUGGAGUGACAAGCUGAGACAUAGUUUCCUCAAAGGUUUUAAAUCAUUUCUUAAGAUGCUGAAAAUGAUGCAGGGUAUGGAUGGUGUAAUGAGACAAUUAGGUGUACAUCUGGAGUAUGAACCAGAGUGGGAAGGAGCUUUUAACUUGCAACUAAAGCAGGAUGAUGUUAUUACAGAGUUUCUGGAAUGGUGCGGCACAGAUAGAAAAGUUCUGAUUGAAGCCUUUAAACUCACAUUAGAGUUUCUUUUGAAAUGCAAAGACAAACCAGCUACAGUGAAACGAGAAGACAAAACAGUGUGUGGACAUAAAGUUCGAUGCUUGAAGUAUGAUGUUUCUACUCAGCCUGUAUCUAUACAUCUGCCUUUAUCAAGGAUCCUAGCAGGUCUAUUUUUACAUUUUGGAAAGCUUGGCAUUGCAUGGAAUAGCCAUGAAGUUAACAUUGAGCAUUUAGAUAUGGCAGAAAUUAUAGAGCCUCCUUUACGAGUACAAGUGAUGGUAGCACAAACACAAGCUGGAAUGUGGAGAAGGAAUGGUUACUCCCUACUAAAUCAGAUUUUUUUCUACCACAAUGUUAAAUGUAGGAGAGAGAUGUUUGACAAAGAUAUAAAUAUGUUACAGAUUGGAGCCAGUAUUAUGGACAACAAUGAAUUUCUUAUACACCUUUUAAAUAAAUAUAAUCUUUUGUCCUGGGUUAGAAAAGAUUAUGACACACCCUCAGGACAGGAAGACAUGGUUAGACAGACUGUUACUUUAGCUGAAGAAUUCCUCACUUUACUCAUAACAAUAAUAAGUGAACGUUAUGUGCUUGGAAUAGGAACGAUGGAUGAACAGGAUAUAACCAAAAGGGAGAUAAUUCAUCAACUUUGUGUAGCACCUAUGUCUUACAGUGAACUUACAAAAGGAUUACCUGUAAAUAGUAACCAUGAAACAGGAAUUGAAGAGGUCAUCAAUGAUGUUGCUGUUUUCAAGAAACCCAGUACAACAAUGGGAGGAAAAGGAAUAUUUGAGUUAAAGCCAGAGUUUUACAAAGAAUACACCAGAUUUUUCCUCCAUUAUAGUAGAACUGAACAGUCUAAGUCUGAAGAAGCUCAGAUGAAAAGGAAGAAAGAUGCAAAAGAAGAUCAUGCAUUGCCACCCCCAGUGCCACCAAAGGUUACACCAAUGUUUGAGCCACUUGUUGGGUUGUUGCAGUGUGACAUUAUGGUACAUAUUAUGCAUCUCAUUCUACAAAGAACGGUGGCAGUCAGGUCAAGGUCAUGGUCAGAAGCUCAGGUUGAUAGGGUUUUGCAUUUAAUAGGACUUGCCCUGCAUGAACAGAGGAGAGCAACAACGGAAGGAAACCAUAACUUUGACUUCCUUGCCAGAGCAUUGAAAGAUGAUAGAAAUAUUUUAACCUUGUUAGAAUCCCUUGUUGCUGAUCAUCGUAAUAUUUCCCAUGAUUCAACAGACAAUUUGUUGACGUGGGUUGUUAAGCAAUUCAUGGAGAUACGACAGAUGACUAAUUCUAAUGUGACGUCUGCUAGUGCAUUAGAUGAAUUGUCAGCCAGUACUAGACAAGAAAUAGAGUUAGCCAAAAGACAAAAGGCAGAGAUAGCUGCUAAAAGGAGAGAAAAAAUAAUGGCAAAGAUUUCAAAGAUGCAGAAAAACUUUAUCCAAGAUAAUGCAGAUCUGUUUGAAAGCACAGAUGCUGAAUUGGUAAAAACUCCAUCUGAUAUGGAUGUCAGUAUAUCUGACAGUAGGUUUCCUGUAGCCCUUGGUAGAAACCAGACAUCAGUAGGAUAUGUGGGUUGUCAACAUGCCACAUGUAUCCUGUGUCAAGAAGAGCAAGAUGUUCGACAUAAUUCCAGGGCUAUGGUUUUAGCUGCUUACAUCCAGAGGUCUACAGUUUUAUCACAAAAUCGUAGUAAAGUAGUGUUAAAUGGGGAUAAAUAUGACCCAACAUUUAUGUCAGCAGACUUAAACACUGAUGUACAUACUAGCUCAUGUGGCCAUGUAAUGCAUGCAGACUGCUGGCAAAGGUUUUUUGAUGCAUUACUGGCUAAGGAGAGACGAGGUAGACCGUUUAGAUUUAGACCCAGUCUCAGUUAUAAUGUAGAUAACAGUGAGUUCCUGUGUCCGCUGUGUGAAUGUAUAAGCAAUACUGUGAUACCUAUUGUUCCUGUUCUUUCUAGUCUUUGUAAAGAAAGUGAUCAGAAAAGUAUUUAUAUAACUUUUAAUGAUUGGAUUGAUGGUCUUCAGAAAACUGUUCAGCAUAGUAUAGAAAAAGCUAAAGAAAAUGAAGAUCAAGAAGAUUCCUUGUUGUUCAAACCAUGUCCAUUACCAGUGGUAACAAGGAUGCUUGCUGAGAGUGUAGCAAGAAAUUUCCAGUUGUUGUGGGACUACGUCUCUGAGGAUGGCAGUGAACAGUUCUCUGACAGCAUGAAGGAUAUGAUUAAGAAGUUUGCCUCAGAUUCUUAUUCUUUUGGAUUAGGAGUAGAACCAGAUGAAACCAACCCUAGAGUUCCAAUCAUGGCUUGGAAUACUUGUGCCUUUACAAUACAGUCCAUUGAACAAAUGUUGAGACAUGACCAGAAACCAUUGUUUGGAUCAUUGUCCUCCCGACAGUCUGAUUGUAUGGGUUCGUUAGUACGUUUUGCUGCUGUAUGUGGUCAGGUGAUGAAUUCAGACUUGGUCAAACAACAUUGUCUCAAAGUACUGUCAUUUUUAAUAAUGGAUUCUACACAAGCCAAUGAAAACAUGUGCAUACUCGAUGUGGACUUAUUUCAUUAUCUGACUUUAUUGACAAUGACUCUUCCUUCACUCCAUGUUGAAGGUCAAAGGUCACCUUUGUCGAUCAUUCCCACUGGAGGAAUUAACAAUCAUCAUGCUUUAGAGCUUGUGUUUACAGCUCAUUUAGUGCAGAUAAUGCUUGUCUGUGAUAUUCCUUCUCAAAGUGCAAUGGAAGUUGAAACAGAUUCUGAUGAUCAGAAAAUGCUUGAAAUAUACACCAAUGUUAGGCAGUUGGCUGGAAUCCACAGCCAGACUAGUCCUCAGCCUUGGCAGGUAACACAGAUGGUUAAAGAGGCUUGUCUGCCAUUCCUGAGAUGUGCUGCUAUUCUCUAUCAUCACAUUACCAGUAUACCUGUGCCAAAUAUACUUCAGGAAGCAGGCUGUGAUCAGUUUGAGCCCAUUUGUAGAUAUUUAGCUAUUUCUUCACCUCUCUCCAGCUUGUUUGAAACACAAGGGGACAUAAUUCAGACUCUAGUCAUGAGAUGGUGCAGUAACAGUACUUUAAGGGACAGGUUCUCGGCCAGUAGUGAUAAAAUUAUUACAUAUCCUUUACCUAUCAAUAGACUUGUUCCCUUACCUGAUGAUUACAGCGAGCUUAUAAAUAGAGAUUCUACAUUUACAUGUCCCAAAUCAAAUGGUGAUGACACAAGAGCCCCUACUAUGUGUUUGGUAUGUGGACAGAUGUUGUGUUCUCAGAGUUAUUGUUGUCAGACAGAACUUGAUGGUGUUAAAGUCGGUGCUGCCACUGAGCACUCUUACAAAUGUGGGGCUGGAGUAGGAAUAUUUCUCAGGGUAAGAGAAUGUCAGGUUUUGUUACUGACUGGUAAGACAAAGGGCUGCUUUGUUCCACCACCAUAUCUUGACAGCUAUGGAGAAACAGACCAAGGUCUCAGACGUGGUAAUCCUUUACAUCUGUGUCCAGACAGCUACAAGAACCUUCAGAAAUUGUGGUUUAAUCACAGUUUACCAGAGACUAUAUCUCACAGCCUGGAGACAAAUACAAACCUAUUAACUUUUGAUUGGCAACACCUUUGAUGAUAUAUAAAUUAGUUGGAAUGUUACUUCUUAUUACACCUUAUUUUAUUUUUAUAACAUAUACAACUGGGAUUUUCUUGAAACGGAACAAAACCGUAUUAAAUGACAUAAUACAGUUUAUAAAUCACAUGCAUAUCAUCCUUGUACAUGUUGGAUUGUAUGCAUGCUUCCUGGUGACCUUUGUGAUAUCUGGACUUAUUAAGCAUAUGAUUUUAUUAUUAAGAUUAAUAAUUAAGUCUUUCAAUUGUAAAUAGACAGAUAAUACUUUAUAAAUAGAUAGAAAUAGAAGCCUUGAAUUAACCCUAUGGAGUUUUAGCUGAUGUAUAUAUAAUUAUCUUCAAUGUAUUUAUUCCAUAUUUUGUUUGGGAGUAAUUUGUUUUUUGUGCAUAAAGGUGAUAAUAACCUUAAUUAGAAGCAGGUGUCUCCUGUGAUAUGUACGAAUCGCAAAUUUCUGCUUUUAUUAACCAUUACUAUUUUCAAAUAUGAUUUGGCUCAAUUCACUGGUGAAAAUGUGUUUCAUGCACAUUAGUAAAGAAUCUCAUAAUUUCACAUGCUUGAUGUAUGAACUGUGAAAACUUAUGACAUGAUUUCAAAUAACUAAGAGUUUUUUUCCCAUUAUGUUUAAUUACAACACAUAGCUUUUGUAAAAAGGAGAAACAAAUACAAUUGUACAUACAAAGGCUGUCAAUGAAAACCCAAUCUCAGUUUGUUGUGCACGGACUGACAAUGGCAACUGUUUUGCUGACUGGAUGAAUCAUUACUUUACACACUUGUUCUUGUUAUUCUCAGGUAUUUGCAUUGCAUUAUGGUAAAUAAAGUACCAGGUUUUUAAUUUGCUUGAAUUUGAGGGAUUGUUGGUGAUAUCUUUUAAAUUUGUUUUCAUUUUCAAGUCAUAUUUAUUCAUUUUGAAAAUAUAUGAAGUGUUAUUUGUUCACAUUUCUAAGGAUUUCUUUGCAUUUCCCUAGACUGAAUUCACUUGUCCUCAAUCAUUAAAGAUGUAUCUAGUUUUUAAAAUGUGUCAAACGGCCCCACCUGCUGACUUACAUGGCUAAAAGUCCAACACAUGGGUUAAAAUGAAUUUCUUGUCUGUUCUUUUGAACAUCUAUAGACUGAAAAAAUCUGAAAAGGACAAAUAUUCAGAAUGAUAAGGUCUACCUAAUUACUACAUCAAAACUGUCAGAUGACUUCUUGUAAGAGUUAUUGCCCUUCAACAAUGAAGUUUAACAUAAAAUUAUUUUAUUUUUAAAUAAUAUUUUAAAAUGCAGACUUAAAUAGCAAAAAAUAUCCACUAGAUAGUAUCUACAAAUAAGUCAAAAUGACAGGAAUCAUUUGGUGAUUCCUUAUUGAAGUUAUUGCCCUUUAAUGAAGAUUUUUCACAUUUUUUCCCUAUUAUCUUGAAAAUUAUGUUAGAAAGAUUGAUACUUACAAUAGCAAAUAUUAUCAACAAGACAAGGUUUACAAAUGAGCAAUGGCUGAAAUCUUCAGUCAACUCAUUAUUUGAGAUUUUGCCUUUGAAUUUUUGAUUGUCAUUAUAAAAUUAGAAACAAAAAAUGCAAUUUGGCCCAAGAAAUAUAAAGUAUAGUAUAAUUGUAAUCAUUUAAAUUGUUGGACUUAUUUCAUAUAUCAUAAUGUUAGUAUAUGGAGUUUAAUUUUCAGUUCAGAAAUAAAGAUGGAUGAAAUAGUCUACAGUUCUUUCAAUAAACCUAAUACAUGCUUUAAGCAAACCAAUUAUAAAUUUUCCUAUCUCUGCUUUUCAUAGGUAAAUGUUCUACUGAUAUGAUAUGCCAAAACUAUAAUUGUCAAGCAGAUAUUUAAUUUUAUAAUAUAAAUCCAUUACUUGUUUGAAAAGGAAAGUUUAUGUUACUAUAGCCAGUGCUGUCUUUUAUUGUUUUUGUUAUUCAUUAUUAUUUAUAUUGUUGUUUGAAAUGAAUUCUGUACAAACUUGUGUGUUAUAAUCUGUCUUGUCAUCAAUAAAAGAAUGUGUAAUAUUUAAA